GUGACGUGUGCUGCACAAGUAGAGAAAGAUGUCAUCGUCGAGACAAAACCAAAGGAAGGUGAACGAGACAAGUGGAUUAUUUGAUAAGAAAACCAUUUUCUUGAAAUGUGUAAUGUGACUGUGCUUCGAACAAAGGACUAUUAAUGUCUUAAAAGUAUUCAUAUUUAUUCGAAACUCGUGGUUUUAACCGAAAAAAGGUAAAUAAUAAUAAGUUUUAACGUUUACUUGCCACCUUUUCAUUAUCAUAUAUCAGGUCAAUAAUAUCACAGAAAUGUCACGACUUGAUAACAUUGACGCAUUGGAAAAGCAAUUAGCAGAGUUGCAAAUGGCAAAGGAUUUAAAUAAUUCUGGAAAAGUUAAGAAGAUACCGCCAGCUGUACCGCCAAAAAAGAAGGCACAACCUCAAGUCCCUCACAGCGCAGUCGUAAGCGCCAUAAGGGAGCCGUCAUACUCAUCCAUGAUAAUGCCACCUACAAAUAACAAUAAUACAACGUACAGUAACACGCUACCACCGGGCAAUGCUCGGCCAUCGAUUCAUAAAGAUUACGCAAAUGUUAAUCAACUAAAUCUAUCAAGUUUUAACAAUUCAUACAGACAGAAUUUACCUCUGCCUCCUAAAAGCUAUAAUGCAACAUAUAGCAAUAUACCUCCAUACAGGAGCAAUGACAACUUGCCGCCAGUACCACCACCGCCGCCGCCACCUCCGCCACCAUCCAUCUCUAUUUCGACUUCUAAACCAUAUAACGUACACCACAAUAACGACGAGUUCUUGCCACCACCUUCUCCUGUCAGUUCUAACUACAGUGAGCUGGUCAGAGCUACAGCAAACAUAAAUUACAACCAAGAAAGGCAAAAUUAUCCCCCAAUAUAUCAAAAUGAAUAUCCUGAGUAUGGAGCUUCACAAUCCUCGACAUAUGAGUCACUUUAUGAGCCUAUUAACCCGCGCCCACACAGCAACUUGUCAUCUCAGACUAAUUCCAUGCAUAAUUAUAGAAAUAACUUGUCAAACACAAGUAAGUCACCGCUCCAUAAAGAAGAAGAGGUUGAUGCACUCACUAAUCUUCUUGUUAAAUCUAUUUCUGACAGUCAGGACUUGGAUGUAUUUGGAACCUGUGUUAAAUGUGAUGGUAAAGUAAUAGGGGAAACAUCAGGCUGUACAGCAAUGGGCAACAUGUACCAUGUAAAAUGCUUCUGUUGUCACCGCUGCAAUGUGAACUUGCAAGGGAAACCAUUUUAUGCUGUCGAAGGGCAGCCUUUCUGUGAGUCAGAUUACUAUGAAACCUUAGAAAAGUGUUCUGUAUGUGGCAUGCCUAUUCUGGAUAGAAUUUUACGAGCGACUGGCAAACCAUACCAUCCAAACUGUUUUACUUGUGUUGUAUGCGGAAAAAGUCUAGAUGGGAUUCCAUUCACAGUUGAUGCAAUGAAUCAAAUUCACUGUAUUGAGGACUUCCAUAAGAAAUUUGCGCCACGGUGCUGUGUUUGUGAGUUGCCUAUUAUGCCAGAGGAAGGUGAAGAAGAAACUGUGAGAGUGGUAGCUCUAGACCGCAGUUUCCAUGUAAGAUGUUACCGCUGCGAAGACUGUGGGCUCUUACUGUCUUCGGAAUCGGAAGGUCGUGGAUGUUACCCUCUCGAUGAUCACAUCCUAUGCAGAAACUGCAAUGCCCAUCGCAUCCGCCUGCUGACUAAUGUUAUGACCACAGACCUUUAACUAUUUACUCAUUAUUUUAAUGUUGGUCAUCAUUUCUACAUUAAGGUAAAGCAUUUUCAUUUUGAACAAGAGAUCAUUAUUUAUUUAUUAUAUACAGAAAAAUAUUAAAAUGUAUUAAUUUUACAGUAGAUGUAAGGUUGAAUAAUGUAUUUUUGUAUGUAAUUUUCUAGUGAUAUAUCUUAAGUAACAGAGUAGAUAGUAACUCUUUAUUUAUGUAGAUAGUAUGAGCCAUCGUAUUCUGUAAGAAGACUGUUAAUAAGAGUAAUAUUUGUCUAUUCUAUUGUAAUGUUAGUUGAUUAUAAAAAAUAUUAUAAUUGGUUUUUAUUAUAAACAUCAUGUGAUAAUCGAGACAAUAUUGUUGUGUAUUUACGGAGCAUUAUAAAUGCUAUAAAAUCCUAUACAUUUAUUAGUGUAGUUACAUUUGUAAUCUAUUGUGGCAGCAUAUUAUUUUUAUAUUAAUAAAUAUUUUAUUUUA